UCAGGCGCAAGAAGAACGUCAAGAAGGGCAUCCAGUUCUGCAUCAUGGUCUGCGGUGCAUCUGGAACUGAGUGUCCUGUCCGGCGUCGAGCAAGAUGACCCUGCCAAUGCACACAUCGAGGACGGUGUUCAAAUAAAGCCCGUCACUGUCGGUACGACAUAUCAACAUCUCCAUCGUCGCCACUACCGUGAUGCUCACACUUGUCCACANGAGCUCGAACUUGACGAGGAGGGUACCCGCAUCUCGCUGACCGUUGUCGACACCCCUGGAUUCGGCGACCAAGUCGACAAUGAAUCAAGCUUCGGCGAAAUCGUCGGCUACCUCGAGCGCCAGUACGACGACAUUCUUGCUGAGGAGUCUCGCAUCAAGCGUAACCCUAGAUUCCGCGACAACCGUGUUCAUGUUUUGCUCUACUUCAUCACACCCACCGGCCACNNGGGUAUGCACAUCCCUUCUACCCGCCUCUCACCUCGCGUCAACGUCAUUCCUGUCAUCGGAAAGGCCGACUCCUUGACUCCCGCCGAGCUUGCCGAGACCAAGAAACUGGUCAUGGAGGACAUCGAACACUACCGCAUCCCCGUCUACAACUUCCCCUACGACAUCGAGGAGGAUGACGAAGAUACUGUCGAGGAGAACGCCGAACUCCGUGGACUCAUGCCAUUCGCUAUCGUCGGAUCGGAGGACACAGUUGAGAUCGGAGGUCGUGUUGUCAGAGCUCGUCAAUACCCCUGGGGACUGGUCGAGGUGGACAACCCGCGCCACAGCGACUUCNNCCUGGCAAUUAGGAGUGCCCUGCUCCACAGCCAUUUGGCCGACUUGAAAGAGAUCACACACGACUUCCUCUACGAGAACUACCGCACAGAGAAGCUUAGUAAGAGCGUCGAAGGCGGAGCCACUGCCGAUCACUCACUCGCUCCGGAAGACCUGGCGUCACAAUCAGUCCGCCUUAAGGAGGAGCAGCUGCGCCGCGAAGAAGAGAAGCUCAAGGAGAUCGAACUCAAGGUGCAGCGCGAGAUCAACGAGAAGCGACAGGAGCUGCUGGCCAGAGAGAGCCAGUUGCGCGAGAUCGAGGCCCGCAUGCACAGAGAGCAGAGCGCUGCGCUCAGCGUCAACGACACCGAGUCAACUGAGGCCGGUGCC